AUGAUGGAAAAAAAAAAGUCAACAACACAUAAAAGUUAUGUGAAGAGCAAAAGGAAUAACCAUGAUAUGCCUAUAUACAUAUCAAAGAGUAACUUAAUCGAUACUAAUACAAAUACCAGUAGUGAAGUUGAGCAGUACUCAUUAGAUAUGAUUAAUAUGAACAAUAUGAUGAUGAACAGAAACAAUAUAAUGUGUAAUGACAGAAAUUAUAUAAAUAAUAAUCAAAAUUUUGGGAAUGGUAUAAUAUAUGUGAAUGAUAAACAAUAUGAAAGAAUAUUAAAAAGAAGGAUGCGUAAAAUAAAACAAGAUAUUGAAAAAAACAGGAAAGUUAGAGUAUAUAUUGCUAUUCAGAAAAAAAAUAAUUCUUCCAUAAGCAGUUUUAGCAAUAAUAAUAUGCAUGAUAAUAUGCAUGAUGGUAUGCAUGAUGGUAUGCAUGAUAAUAUGCAUGAUGGUAUGCAUGAUGGUAUGCAUGAUGGUGUGCAUGAUAAUAUGCAUGAUGGUAUGCAUGAGAAUAUGCAUGAGGUUAUGCAUGCGCAUUUAAACAGUAACUUCAACACAUCUUUAUAUAAUUAUGAUUUAAAUUCUAAUGAUUCGUUAAUGAAAGUAAUUGAUAACCAUACUAGUACUUGCACGCAUACCCAUAAGAAUAGUAGUCAAAAUAAUAGUAGUAGUAAUCUUAAUAAUAGUAGUAGUAAUCAUAAUAAUAGUAGUAGUAAUCAUCAUAAUAACAAUAGCAACAGUAAUAGUAAUCAUAAUAAUAGCAACCAUAAUAAUAGCAGUAGUAGUAAUAAUAAUAACAACUACAUGGAUCUGUAUGAAAAUAUGAAAUCUAUAUUUGCCAUGAAAACUAAUAAACGUUACAAUAAUGGUAACAGCAUAUAUUUAAAUAACUACAACAGUAGACUUCCUGCCAAUAUAAAUUCAGAGGAUGAUUAUAAAAAGUAUAUAAAUAUGUGUGAUAUGAGUGGUAUGGACGAUGUAAGCGGUAUGGACAACAUAAACGGAAUGAACAACGUAAACCGAAUGAACAACAUAAACGGAAUGAACAACAUAAACGGAAUGAACAACAUAAACGGAAUGAACAACAUAAACGGAAUGAACAACAUAAACGGAAUGAACAACAUAAACGGAAUGAACAACUUAAAUGGCGUGAACAAUUUUGUGGAGAACUACAGCGAUAUGAAAAGUGUGCAUCAAAUUCCUAAUAUGUCCAAUUUCCCUAAUUUGGUUUGUGCGAAUAAUAUGAAGCACGGGGUUCAUAUGGACGAUAUUGAAAAUAUGGAUGAUGUGGAAAACAUGCACAACAUGCACAAUAUGCACAACAUGAACAAUAUGAACAAUAUAGAAAAUAUGAACAGGGCAAAAAAUAUGAACGGUGCAGAAAUGAUGAACGGGUCAGAAAUGAUGAACGGGUCAGAAAUGAUGAACGGGUCAGAAGUUAUGAUCGGUUCAGAAAUUAUGAACAGUGCAGAAAAUAUGAACAAUACAGAAAGCAUGAACAAUAUGGAAAAUAUGAACAACUUAAACAAUUUUUCUAAUGAUAUGAGUGGCAAUUUUUCAUAG